AAAAUUGUGUCUUUUUAACAUGAAAGCUGCAAUUUGUCAGAUCUAGACACAUUUUUGCAACAGUCAUACAUUCAUUGCAACAGUCUCUUGAACACAGAGUAUCCAUUUGAGUAUAGUUCUUAAUUUGAGUUUGGAAAGAUCACUAUAUGUUUAUAUAUAUGUAAGUCUGUUGCAGGGACAAGUGUCAUCGCUGCACUUAAUAAAUCAUGCAUUACUUUUAUUAUUUUAUUUGGUUUGCAAUUAUAAAUUACACUUGUUAAACAUGUUCUAGUAGUAGCAAAUCUCAAAAUCAGCAUAUGUCUCCUUAGGGUCUAAUUCAAGCACCAGCAUAUGUAUCUAGACUUGACUUCAGCCUGAACUUCUUAUAUAAUUUACAUUUCAUGCAAAUAUAAUGGGACAAUGGGAUAAUGGGACAAACAAAGACCUAAUGCUACGGAAGAGGAUUAGGGCCACACAUGAAAAAAAUAUUUGAGUUCAGACUUUAUUCUCACAAAUCUGAGUAUGAAGUCAGAAUUCUGACUUUAACGUCAGUUUUUAACCCCGCCGGUAUUACAGCUAAUAUAAUACUGAUUUGAAAAUGUUUAUUGUUAGCCUGUUUAUCCAAGAUAAUAGGCCUAAAAACAAUUUCUUUUUGAAGUGAGCAAAAACGAAAUAUAUUUAAUGUAUCCUUCAUUAUGGGACAGUUUCAGAUCUAAAUCCACUUCAUGAUUAUAAUGUUUAAAAGUCAGUUUUCAGUGUAACAAUGUGUGCAGCUUGCAGGUUAUAAAUCUUUAAAGUCAGAAUUCUGAGAAUAAAGUCAGAACUCAAAUAUUUUUUUCAUUUGUGGCCCUAAUAAUCUUCCAUACCAUGCUUACUGCCAAAAAAAGAAGUGAGUUUCCACUGAAAACAGCAGUAGGCCUACAGCAGUAAUAAAGCUUAAAAGUGCAAAAGCGUUGCCAUCUGUGAAUAAUUAUGUGUGGAGCAGGUUUUGUGAAGGAAAUACUAGGGUACUAUCUUGAUUAUUCUUCAGUGUGGUUAGAUGUGCAUGUCAAACAGUGGCGGUUCUUCACAGGGGCCACUGCCCCUGUGAAGAAGCCCUUGGCCCCUGCUGUGGCCCCUGUGUCAAAUUAAUAAUAAAAUGAUCAAUUUAUAACGAUGAACGACGGAACAAUUCUUACCUAUUUUUUGUUGUGCAUAAUGAGAACAAUAUCUCAUUGUGCACAAAAGGAACCCAGAAUGUGUCCAUUGUAUAAUAGUUUACUUGUGCAAUAAAAGCUUGUGUAUAUAUAUAAAAAAAAGGAUAAUUCUCACUAUACUGCACUUUCAAAAUAAAAAAAAGGUAAUUGUGCACAAAAAUGAGAAAUGUCAUUGUUGUGCAAAAGUACUUAUUGUUGGUAAGUUUCAAUCAGUGUAUUUGUAUCUUCCAAAUAUACUUAAAUGAGAUAUAAUCCCAAAAAUAAAGGUUUUGAAUGCCUAAAUAUAAUUAUUGCCGUUCUUUAUUGUGCCCCUCUGAUUAAACACUGACAGUAAAACUGGCCUAGACCCACACUGAUGUCAAUUAUUAACAUUCCCCUUCUGGUUUCUUUAACCUCCCCUUCUAGGUCAGUAUUUGGAAAAAAAAAUCCCGAUGCAGCAAACAGGGUUAAAGUCCCUCCCUUGCAACACUGUUGACCUGAUUGGUUGAUACGCAACAGCUCAGUUCAUGAGAGUUUAGAGGAAGACAUUUGAUCGCAGCAGCACACACACAGGACUUAACGAUCAGCCUGCUGGAGAAGGAAUCAAGAAAGCGCUCAUCAGGACAGCCUCCAGACUGAACUGCUUUUUGCAAUAUUUGAGAGACAGCACAAGUCAGCUGACCAAUGGUUGGACGUGUGGCAGUGGUUGGAGCAGGCAGUUCUGGUCUGGCUUGUAUCAAGAUCUGUGUUGAUGAGGGCCUGGAGCCGGUCUGCUUCGAAAGCAGUGAUGACAUUGGCGGGCUGUGGAGAUUUAAGGAGUCUCCUGAGCCGGAGCGCUCCAGCAUCUAUCGCUCCUUGGUGGUCAACACCUCCAAAGAGAUGAUGUGUUUCAGUGAUUUCCCCAUGCCUGCUGACUAUCCCAACUACAUGCACAACUCCCAGCUGCUGCAGUACUUCCACCUCUACGCUGACCACUUCGACCUGCUCCGAUACAUUCACUUCCAGACCAAAGUGAGGAGUGUCACACAAAGGCCAGAUUUCUCUGUGUCCGGGCAGUGGGACAUAGUGACCAUUAACAGGGACGGACAGGAGCAGAGACACGUAUUUGAUGCAGUCCUGGUGUGUUCAGGCCACUACACACAUCCAGCCUUACCUCUGUCAGACUUUCCAGGAUAUGAGACGUUCUCCGGCAGGUGUUUUCACAGCUGGGAAUACAAAGAUGCAGAUGGCUGCAGAGGACAGAGGGUGGUGGUGGUUGGCAUUGGCAACUCUGGAGGAGAUAUUGCAGUGGAGAUCAGUAGAUCUGCAGAGAAGACAUUUCUCAGCACACGCCAGGGGGCCUGGGUGUUGGGCAGGAUGUCCAGUAACGGUCUUCCUCUGGACAUGACAGCUAUCACCAGGCUCAACAACAUCCUCACACUGCUUCUGCCCAAGACUCUGGUGAACUGGGCAGCAGAGAGAGCACUGAACCACAGAUAUGACCACAGACUGUACGGGCUGAGGCCCAAACACAGACUUUUGGACAAAAGGCCUUUGAUUAAUGAUGACCUGCCUGGUCGAAUCCUUCAGGGAGCGCUAGUUAUGAAACACAAUCUGAAAGGAUUCAAGGACUCUGGGGUUGUCUUUGAAGAUGGCACUGUGGAGGAGAACAUUGACACUGUCGUUUUCUGUACAGGUUAUAGUGGAACAUUCCCAUUUCUGCCUCCUGCUUUAACUGAAGGGCCUCAUGGAGAAGUCACAUUGUACAAGACACUGUUUCCUCCUUCUCUAUCCCGACCCACACUGGCCAUCAUGGGUCUUUUCCAGACAAAAGGACCAAUCAUGCCCAUUGUGGAAAUGCAGGCGCGGUGGGCUGUUAAGGUCUUCACUGGUUUGAGUCGUCUUCCGUCUAGGGAGAAGAUGUUUGAUGCCACUGAGUCUGAGAGGAAGAGGAACAUGAAAAGCUAUCCGUGCCCACGACAGGCAGCUCUCCAGACUGAAAUAACGCAUGGGAAAAGGACUCAAACGGACUACCGGUGAGCUCAUGUUUUAGACUGUUAUGAUGCGGUCUAAUUGUUGUUGAUGGCGGAGUUUAAUUUUGUUUGUUUGGGUUUCAGUUUGUUAAAAUAUUUAGAAAUUGUGCAUAUUUUGAUUACCUUAUUUACCUUAAAUA